AUGGAUUUGAACAAGGACGAAGAUCACCCCAUCACGCGAUAUCGUCGUCCCCUUUUCACUGAGUCUAUCACUCCGCUCACGAGCGAGAAGACAGAGGUGAGGAGACAAAAAUGUCAAAUUUUUCUGAAAGAGACCACUAAAAGAACUAGAGUUAUCGAUCCACCGGAGGUAGAGGUGGCGCCAACUUGCCUAGAGCGAUACAACUAUCCCAUCUUCAAUCCAAAUGAUCCACGACACAAUCCUUUCUUGGAGCAUGAUAGGAACCAGCGUGAGAGUCAUUCUUCGUCCUCGGACUCGCAGAAACAACCGCGUGAGCAGAAUUUCCCACUGCGAUCGCUACACAAGGCUCGAUCAGGGCUUCUGGCUAUCACGGCAGGCUGGUUCCACCGUUCCAGUCGCACGCGGGCGACUGGCGACGAAACUGAAUUCUCGAGGCCAGGAAUAUCUAGUAUGAGCACAGAGGAAGAUUUGGCCUUUGGGGUGGAUCUCUACCGAACGAAUACACUUCCUAAUCCUGACCACGAGGCUAGCAUGGAGGCUUUGAUGCGGGUAGCUGCUUUCGCCCCGCUGGCAAGCAUUGUCUCAGCUCCAGAGCAACUGGGAAGUUAUAACUAUACUUUGCUUGGGCCAGACGAAGCGCCGGAGUAUAUACCAGGGGGAAAUCGCCAUCGCUUGAACACUGCUUCUCGGGUGUGGGAGAUGGAAUCUAAUCAUGGGUAUCGAGCCGAUUGCAACCCCGAGAAUAUGAUGAUUCAAAUAACUCAUUCCGACUCAUCAACAGAAUGCGGAAAGAAGACGGUGCUGAAAGCACCAAGUGAUAAUACGAUAGAAGGGUUUGAACCCGACAUGCGCACAUCUGAGAAGGCUGCUGUACCGCGUGAGCCUCAAGAAAUCACCAUGUACGAUGAUGGUUCUGUCUAUCGUGAGCAAUGGAAGGAAAACAAAAUAGCUUGGAUCAAGUCUCGAGACAAACAGCUGUUCGAAUACGACGGUCUGCCAUGCGGCCAUGAGAGGGGAUCUUUGGCAUUUUCAAAGCAGGAAGCAUUGAGCACUAUUUCGUCCAAUACACCCCACUAUCGCGAUCCCAAUGUUAUACUCUCCGGGGCAUUCGUCUCUCAAGAGCAUCUGCAGGUACCUGAAAAUCUACCGGUAUCUGAGGACCUUCGGUGUAGACACGAGGAUUCCGAGGGAAGGUCCGUUGAAGUGAAGAUCGCCUUCCCUGCUUUAUAUCAAGAGUUGGUGGACCAAUGGAAACGAGAACAGAGUCCCAGCCAGGGGCCUGCAGGCGAUUUACUUGAGGCUUUCAUAGACAUACAUAGUAGCCGCCACCCGGAGCCCAGCCCCAUCACUGUGCUGCAGAUGCCUGAGCAGCGGGUUCUUGGGCUCUCUCCUCCGAUACUUGGUGAAGCGUCUGACCCUUCAUCAGCCUCGAACGAGAGCUUAGCACUGGGCCUUGAGCGUGCACGGUCAGCAGCGAUGGAAGAUGUGCAGCGUCCAGAGUCCAAUCAUUCAUUUGGUCUCCACAUAUCUCCCAGAAGCGAAAUUGCCAACAGAAAUGGCUUGGGCAGCUGGAGACGGCCUAGUCGACUCUCUUUGGUCUCUCGUCAACAGCCGUCUGCAAGAGAGCCAUACACAUUCACUACGAGCUGGCAACUAGCCACAUCACCUGUCUCACCCUGUGAUUCAGAAUUUACGUAUGGGGCUAUGACCUCGCCCAGCAGUGCCUUGUGGUCGCCUCUGGACUCUCCUAUUGAUGAGGAGAUUCUGUUCUCAAACUUUCUCCGAGAUGAGUUCUAUAUGGUGGAUGGCAAAACCAGCGGCAUUUAUCCUGACCAAGGUGGUCAAUUCGUCAAGGUAGAGGAUCCCCAUGUGAUCAUGACCGGUGAUGGCAGCAUUCACAGCGGGCCUGGGCUGGAUCGUACGUCGUCCACUGGAAGACCUGAAACUACGAGGCCCCCCUCUUUGUGGGCGCGCCCGCGGCCGAUCUCCAACAUAAUACAGUCGAUGACUGAAAGAGACGGAAGUGAGUCGAGCGAUGGUGUCCAUCGAUAG